AUGAAUGCUCGAACAGUUCCGAUAUCCGUGGAAGCAAGGCAGCACGGAAAACCGUUGAUGCGAGGAACUGCUGUGCUGAAACACUGCCCCUAUUCGACAUUCUGUCGCGAAAUGGUCUCGUCUGGAGGAGCCGUUGCACUAGCUCAUUUAAAAGGGGGAGAAGAUGCUAGCCUGAUUUUGGAUGUUGAACCGGAGCAUGAGUUUGGAUUAGCUGCAGCAAAUUUAAUUAGAUCGAAGGAGUGGAAUGCCGAUUAUCUUCAGCAGGUUCCAGUUUGCGUUCGUAAAAAUGGGCUGUGUGUAAAUCAGUGGUUCCCACCAGCAGCAAAUGCAAUCCUAAACGAAGCGGAAGGGCAGAUGAAUGUGAAUAAUUCGAUCUCCGGUGAAAAACUGCCAUUUGUUGUUUCUAACUCAAAAGAGGUGGAAGUGAUGGCGCUCGACGAAAAUAUGGGUACAGUGGAAGUGUCCGGAGUUGUGCCGUCGCGUGGUCAUUACGUUUUUAUCGUGCAGUACUUCAACCCGGAUAACACGCCACUGACCGUUGACGUGACGCUCCAAAAUGGGCAUCUUCAUCACGCACAGCUGCCUUUGUCAUACUGCCCGAGCGUUAUUGGUUGUCGUGCAGUAAUCCAAGACAAAGAACGUCCAGAUGUGACACAGUUUUUCAUUGACGACAAGUACACUGCUUCGUUCUAUUUCAACGAAAGUCAAAAAGGACCGGAUUCAAUAACAAGUCUGCCAUUCCAUUCGUAUAGCGACUCACUACUGUCGCCUCAACCUGUUGAUGUUUCGAGUGAAUAUAUCCAAAAGUGCAGCACCAACAAUUUCGAAAAUGACCCAUCAAGCGUAAUAGAAUACUGCCGCCAAAAAGUUUUCUCUCUCACCUCGGAAUACAACAUGGCAGCGAUGCCUUGUGAAUGCAGCUCUCAAGGAAGCACCAGUUUUACGUGUGAAGAAUACGGCGGCCAGUGCCCAUGUCGUCCGAAUAUCGUUGGACGCCGGUGCGAUCGCUGUGCAUCUGGCUAUUACAGCUUCCCCGACUGCAUCAAAUGCAGAUGUCCGGAUAAUCACUUAUGUGAUGAGCAUAUUGGUCAGUGUUUUUGUCCGCCACAUGUCGAAGGCAAGCACUGUGACAAGUGUAAAGCAAAUGUGGGCGGAAGGAAGUGCGACAAGUGUUUGCCAGGAUUCUAUGGUUUCCCGCAUUGUUACGAAUGCGCCUGUGAAGUAAAGGGCACCACUGACGAAAUUUGUGAAGCAACCAGUGCUGCUUGUAAAUGCAAGAAGAAUGUUAUCGGCGAAAACUGUGACAUCUGUCGUCCAGGCACCUUUGAUUUACGGGCUUCCAAUCCUGACGGCUGUGCCGAGUGUUUCUGCUUCGGUGCCACCGAUCGCUGCCGAUCGUCAUUUCUUCCUGUCACCUUCGUUAAUUUUGACGAAGAGGCUUGGAAUGUGAGUCCAAGUGGAUCCGUAUCGCGCAUAAAUGGUAAAGUGGCUUAUCAGUCUGAAGGUACUGGUGCCGAAGAUGUCUACUUUCUGGCUCCAUUGGGAAAUAGCCGCGAUUUUACUGCGUCCUAUGGGUUACAGUUGUCAUUUACUGUUUCCUCGAAUCCGCGAAAUGGCGAAACAAAAAUGAGUGCUGCCCCAGACAUUCAGCUUGUAGGAAAUGGCACCAUCUUGGAUUUCUGGGCACGUGAGCAGCCAGCUGACCCGCGAAUACCAUUCAACGUUGAAAUUAAACUUUUGCCUGUAGGUUUUCCAGAGAUUUUUCUUGAAUGUUAA